AUGCCAGUCUCCAUCCAGAAGUUCAUGACCAGGUCCCUUGAGACUGUUCAGGAAUGGUACGCUUUGCCAACACCAGCAGCUAGUACUUCUUCUGCGUUGUCCGCUGGAACCACCGUAACCACCAGAACUUCUUGGGAAACUCAGUCUUCUGAUUCCAACAAGAAUCAACGUAUCUCUGCGGCACACGAUGAUUCUCUGCAGGCUCCACCACGAAAGGGGUCGUGGGAUAACUCUUUCAUGCCAGCGCCGCUUGAUAACAAGGAAGAACGAGAUCUGGAGUCCAUGAUUCAGUGCACAUCAACUUUCUUUUAA